AAUCCGAAGGCGAACUCACACGCAAACACAAAACGCUGCCAUGGAGUCCACUCUACUGCGUACUGCAACAGGACGAGCAAUCCUUCACAGCUUACUGCAGUGAGGAGAUAUCGAUCUUCCCGGCUACACCUAAAAAGGAGCUAACAGACGUCCUCUUCAAUGAAUAUCCACGCGUUCGUCUAGAUCGUGUGCGGCGGCCCGCAAAAUCUUUGUGGGAUGGUCCGCCAACGUUACCUGAGGAACCGGAAGAUUCCGACACAUGUCCCAUGGACAUAGCGCUGAAUACGACGCUCUACAGUGAAUUAG